AUGCGGCGUGUGGUGCAGCCGCUGCGUGCGAUGCGUACGUACAGUGCGCUGGUGAACACGCCGCGCGCGAUGCCGCGCGUGCAGAUGCGCCGCCCUUUGGCGAUGCUGGCGCCACAGCGCCGGACCAUGUUCAUCCAGACCGAGUCGACGCCGAACGCCGACUCGCUCAAGUUCCUCCCCGGGUGCGAGGUGAUGGAGAAGGGCACUGCCGAGUUCCUUGACAAGCGCUCGUCGAUGUCCUCGCCGCUCGCCAAGAGCCUCUUUUCGCUGGACGGUGUGACGGGCGUCUUCUACGGCCCCGACUUUAUUUCGGUGAACAAGGACUCGGACACGCCGUGGGCCUCGAUCAAGCCUGAGAUCUACAGCAGCAUGAUGGAGUUCUUCACGGCCGGCCACGCCCUCUUCCCUGACCCGACGUCGGAACAGCCGGGCUCGGACACGACCAUCCUCGACACCGACUCGGAGAUUGUCGCAAUGAUCAAGGAGCUGCUCGAUACACGCGUGCGCCCUGCGAUCCAGGAAGACGGUGGCGACCUCGAGUACCGCGGCUUUGGCGAGGACUCGGACGGGAUCGUCCGCGUGAAGCUCAAGGGCUCGUGCCGCGGUUGCGACUCGUCCACCGUGACGCUCAAGUCGGGCAUCGAGCGCAUGCUCAUGCACUACGUGCCCGAAGUGCAGGGCGUCGAGCAGGUGCUCGACGAGGAGGAGCUCGUGGCCCUCGAUGAGCUCUCCAAGCUCGAAAAGCGCCUUGAACAGCAGCGCGAGGAGCGCCAGCGUGGUUUCUCCGAAUAG